UAGCAACCAAUUUAAAAGAAAAAUUGUGGUUAGUUUGCAAAAAAUAGAAAAAAGUCAAAACACAGCACAUAAAUUUUGUAUUUCCUUAGCACAGAACAUGACAUAUUACUUUGUGAUUUUUUAAUGUAUGCCUAGCUAACUAGCUAAUACUUUAACCUGAUAUUUCUUCAGAACAAUACAUACUAUAGUAACAAGUAUAGGUAGUUAUAUAUACAAUGUCAUUCGAUUUCUACUUUUAUUUAUUGGUGUUUUUUGUCUUGGUCUUUGCUGUGUUAAUAUCAAGGAUACUUUGGUAUGCAAAAGAUGUGCCCAAGUCAGAACUAUUUUAUCAAGAAUCAUCAGAGGUGGUGAAAAAGAUCAUAGCAAACUGUCAAUGUUUAAAUGAAAAUUAUGUACCCACUUACUUGUGGGGAAAAAGUGGUCACAUUCAAAGCAUGCUAUAUACAAUAUUUGGAAGAUUUGGGAGGAUACCACCAGUAGGAAGUAAAAGAUACAAACUAGUUGCUGAUGAUGGCACUCAAGUUUCUUUUGAUAUCUUUGAAGCUCUGGAGAGUGCAAAGGAGACUUCAAAGACAAUUCUAGUGGUCCCUGGCAUCUGUAACCAUGCUGAAAAUGUAUAUAUAAGAGCAUUUUCUUCUCAUAUGACAAAUCUUGGGUACACAGUGGUUAUCUUCAAUCAUACAGGAGCACUUAAAAGUAUUGAGUUAAAGAAACCUAAAAUUUUUACAUACGGACAAACAGAUGAUCUCGAUUUUGUUGUCCAGACACUUCUUCGCACGAGAAAUGUAAAAAAGUUAAUAGCCGUUGGUUUCUCACUUGGUGCAAAUAUCUUGAUGAAAUAUCUUGGUGAAAAGCCUAACCGUCAGGAAAAUUUUUAUUUCGCUGCUUCAAUAUGUCAAGGAUACAAUGUACCUGAAUGUAAUGUGUUGAUGCAGGAGAAGGAAAACUUGAGAUGGAUGUACAACUAUGGUUUAACAAGAAACAUGUUGCGAGUUAUAUUGCAUCACAAAGACACUUUAAGUAAACAUUUAAAUUCACGUGACCCACCUCUUGAUUUGAACUGGAAGAAAAUCUCUUCAGCUAAAGCGCUAAACGAGCUAGACCUAGAAUUUACUAUAAAAUUAGCUGAAGAAAAUAGUAUUGAAGAGUUGUAUGAAAACUGCAGCUCAAGCAAAUACCUCGAAAAUAUUUAUAUACCGCUGUUAAUCUUAAACGCAAAAGACGACCCUCUGAUACCUGAGCAAUUAUUUAAAUAUCCGAAGAAUCUGAUUGGUAUCAAUCAUAAAGUUUUAUUCGUUGUUACGCCUUAUGGCGGACACAUGGGUUAUUUUGAAGGUGGUGUAAUAUUUCCGGAUCGUCUGUCAUGGGUAGAUCGUUUACUGGCCCAAUACAUAGGAAGUACUCUGGAUAUUUUAAAAGAUAAGGAGAGCAGGAAGGAGGGUGUUGGUGAAAAAGAUGAAAGUGUGAAAGACGAGAAACCAAGGAACAUAAAGGAAAAAGGUUUGCUAAGAAAUAGGGAAGAAAGAGAGACAGAUAGCAGCAGCGAAGAAGAUGGGUUUACAUUUGUCAAGCCUACUUUUAACAUUACCAAAUAAAUUGCCUAAUUCUACUACUGUGAUUAUACAACGUUUUUUACGGGUUUUUUAACCGUGUGUCAACUAACCAAAUAUAUAUUUUUUCAAAAUAUUUGACAUAACCAUAUUUUUUCAGUUGGUUAAAAACUAGAUAUGUAUUUUAACUGCGAUGUUUACUAUGUACAACACUAAAGUGCGAUUACUUUCUUUAUGUGCGAAACUUAAGGUUUCCUUCUAGUUUACCUAAUUCGAACACAGCCCUCUUUAAAGCUGCUUCAGGUUUUAGUUUUCAUAUCAAUUCUAAGUUCACUUAAAGACAAAUAAAAAAAAUUUGCAAGAAGAAUAGGAUAGAAUCCUAUUUUUAUUUAACUUUAAACUUCGUCAGCUUUUCUUGAGGUUGUAUCUGUAUAGCAAGCGUUUCCUCGCCUUUCAUCAAAAUUUAUAUGACGGAAUGAAAGUGUUAGGCGGGAGCCUUGCUUUUUGAAGAUAUUUUGUGGAGAUAUAUUAAAUUUGUGGACUUUGAAGAUGAAGCAAAUCUAAAAUGCUAGUCUGACAGAUAGGUUAUUUUUAGAAUUUUUACAGUAGUUAUUUGUGGACCUGUUGUUUUGUGGCAUAUUGCUGUUUGUUUGUUUUUGUUUUGUUUUUUUCUUAUAUUUAUAUAUUUAUACUAUAUAGCUUAGUCUUUUUUAAAUUGGAACGCGAAAUAAAUGUUUCGAUAUUAAUUCUUUUUUUUUGGUAAUUUUAGUCAAGGCAUGAGGACAAGGUUGCAUGUUUUGAAAAAUUUAUAUAUUUUUAAAUUUCACUUUUGUCAUGGAACACUUAUCUAGUUUUGUUAAGCUUUGGAUGAAAGAGCACUGCCUUUUAUAAUAUUUCUUAUAUUAUUUAAUAGUAUGUCUUUCUUGUAUUUAUUAGGUCGCUUUUGUACACACUCUGCCAACAACAACAACAACAACAACAACAUGA